AUGAUUGUGGAUGAGAGCUUAUCGACUGUUGUUUAUCUGCACAAAAGUUACUUGUCACUAGGUUUCAGUACAGAUACAAAAUUCAAUCAACGUUGGGGAGGGUUUCAAUUUCAUAUUUUACUAUUAGAGAAGAAAAGCACAAGAUUUUUGAAGGCCAAAAUACCAGAUCAUGAGAUUACUUCAGAAAGAAGACAUUCUCGAAAACAGACUUUUGCAAAAGAAGGAGUAGAUUGGGUCUCAGCUGAGAUUUUGCAUCUUCGUAGAUUAUUUGACUUCAGUGAAAGUAUUUCAAUGAAAACCAUCAACAUGGAUCAGAUAACAAAUGUAAAUCGGAUUGGUAUUUCUUAUGAAACACUUAGACGUCGUGCUUUGAACUACUUACAUGAAGCACAGAAUACUUUGACCAAUUUACACAGCAUUUCUAUCCAAUUACAAGGACUUCAUCAUAAGGAUUUGAAUAAUGAAACAGUUUCAUCUAUUCAAGCAUCAUUAAUUCGCUAUCGACAGAAUGUGGAGGAAAUUAUUUUACAUUUGGUAAUUAUUCUUAACAAAUUAGGUCAAUUAGAUGGAUUUUCACAAAUCCGAAUGAUUGGCUUAAAUAAGCUUUCACAGAGACUACAGAAGAAGAUUCAAGAGCAACAGAAUCCUGCAGAUUGUAAAAUGGCCAAAUAUGUAACAUUUGACUAUACUAAUUUAUGUGGAUUUGGUUGUUCCAUGCAUCAACUCAUGUUUUGUUUACAAUUGGCUUUUGAAAAUGAUCGAGUUUUAAUAGUGAAGAAUCAUCCUCCUGGAGAUAUUUUUCGAAAAUGGCUUCAUCAGAACACACUUCCACUUUCUGAGAAAUGUAGUCAUCUGGAUACAAAUGGUAGAUCAGAUAACAUCCAAUGUCCUCGUCUUCGAUAUGGUCACAUACAUAACUUGUUGCUAAAUGUUCUACCCAUAAAUAUGAAUGCAGAAUUAUUACGUUUACAUGAGGCACCAUAUGUUUGGUUUGCUGGUCAACUAGCAGCCUAUAUUUUGCGUCCAAGGCCACAAUUUGCACAAUUAAUCAAUGCAACCUUGAAGAGCUUCAAAAUGAGUGGUGAUCCUGUUGUUGGUGUGCAUAUCAGACGUACUGAUAAGAUAAUUCGGGAGGCUAAGUUUCAUAACUUAUCAGAGUACAUGGAACAAGUGAAUAAAUUCUUUGAUCGACAAAAUGCUAAUCACCUGAUAAUGCCAAAGAGACAUAACAAAAAUCGUAAGAAAUUGGGAUCAAUUUCUGAAAGAAUCAUGAGAAGAAAUAACUCUAUUCAAAUUAAACGAAGUAUUUAUUUGGCAAAACAUUAUCCAAAUGUUUUUACUCAAUUCCCUAACAGUCAUCCUAACUAUAUUCUAUAUGAUAGUCCAAGUAGAUCUCAUUCAACUGAUUUGAGGAUGCGGAAGACAUAUAAUUCAUGA